AUGGAAGGAUCAUCUGGUUCAGGUUCAGGUUCAGAGACAAAGGUCGGCGUCGAAGAUUGGGAAGCUUUCUGUGAAUUACUCAGCAACAGCCAACCUCAGAAUUCCGCAGAAGUCGCAAACUCCGACGACUUCGUUGAAUUUCUCCGGCGCCUUCCCUCCAAUAGAAUCGAAGCCGUCGUUGGUGACCUCACCGCCGCCGAAGAGAUCUUAGGAAGCGUUAAGGAAAAUCCUUUGGGUAGUCAAAUUGUAAGAUCAUUCUUCGAUGAGUAUUUGAAAGAAAAGAAUAGUGAACAAAAAUAUGGCAAGACGAGGCUCAGUCACAAUAGCGUUCCUAGGGAAUUCAUCUCUGAAUUCACGGGACAGCACCCCGUCUACAAGGAGUUUCUCUUCAAAAUAUGUUUGACGACCGCCGAUGAAGCUUACCUCGUCAUUGACAACGACUUGGAGAAGUACUUUCCCAGUUACUUUUCCAGUUCCGCUGCAGGAGAUACUGAGUACGUCUUUCAAGCUGAGGAUGAGAAAGGAAAGCAAUGGAAGUUCAUCUACUCAUACCUCAAUACCAGGCAAAGCUACGCCUUGACCAAAGGCUGGAGUAAGUACGUGCAGGAGAAGCAGCUAUGUGCAGGAGACUUAGUCUUCUUCCAACGGCACGUUAUAAACAGGAGGAGGUUCUUCAUUGACUACAACAGUACGCGCGAUGUCUUUGCUCUCACAGAGUCUCUUCCGAGCACAGUACUUCCGAGUACAAAACUACGAUUGCCAAAGAUUAACCCUAUCUUGGUCGUUUCUUGUGGGGACGACCAGGAGUCAGAGGAGACGUACUUUAUCAGCUACAUCUUGAACGAGUUACGUCUGCGUGGCUUCACCCCUUGUAGAUAUGAACUAAGCAGGACCACAGUCACUGCGAAUCCGGGAAUGCUACGCAGAUCAAGCGUUUGUAUUAUGAUUAUCUCGAUGAACAAUGCUCGUUCCCCAGAGUGCCUGGAUGUUUUUUUGGCAAUGAUGGACAGUUUAAAAGCAAACAAAGUUGCGCUUAUUCCUGUGUUUUUUAAAGUAAGUGGUGACUCUUCUAAAAGAGCACGCCUUGGGAAUCAAGUACAGGCAUCCCAAGCUCAGAAAUGGAGGGAGGCUAUGGUCAAAUUAACUGUCUUCAAUAGAUAUGAGUAUAUGAAGGGGGAUGAGGUUAUGCUUGCCAAGAGUAUCGUUAGAGAUGUCUGCUGUCUGCGUAAUUUUAAAACUAGAAUGAACCUAGUUGGAAUCAGGCCUCUUUUACAGAGUAUUUUGCCAUUGUUAGAUUGUCCUCAGACCUCAGCCCCACGGAUUGUUGGAAUCUGGGGCAUGGCUGGCAUUGGGAAGACUACCAUCACGAGAGAAAUUUAUAGAACACAAGCUGAAAGAUAUGACGUGUGCUACUUUCUGCCAGACUUUCAUCUAAUGUGUCAAGCAAAAGGGCUGAGUCAUUUGCGUCAUGAAUUUUACUGGAAAAUCUUUGGAGAAGAAAAAGUUUUCAUAGACGCAUGUGACACUAAACCAAGUUUUACAAGGGAUAUGUUGCUCGAUAAAAGUGUUCUUGUUAUUAUUGAUGGUGUGAGUAAUGCUAGAGAUGCAGAAGUUUUGCUUGGAGGGUUUGGCUGGUUGUCUGGUGGACAUACAAUCAUCUUAACAUCUAGGAAUAGGCAAGUUCUCAUACAGUGUAAAGCCAAUGAGCUUUACGAGAUCCCAAAACUAUCUGUGUCUGAUUCUUCUCGCCUUUGCUCUAUGAAUGCCACUGGAGCUUCUGGGAAGGGAAAGAAAGCGUUGAUCUCAGAUUUGGUAUACUACGCUAGUGGCAUUCCAUUGGCUAUGCGAGUCUUGGGCUCGUCUGUACAAAAGAAAUAUAUCAACAAUGAGAAAGAGCAUCUGAGAAGGUUGCGUCAACAUCCUCCAAUCGAAAUUUAUGAUGCAUUUGGAAGAAGUUUCAACGGACUAGAUGAAAACGAGAAGAACAUAUUUUUGGACCUAGCAUGUUUUUUCAGAGGGGAGAAGAAAUAUCAUGUGGUAAACAUGCUUGAUGGUUGUGGUUUGUUUACGGAUUUAGGGAUCUAUGCUCUCAUAGAUGAGUCUCUCAUUAGUCUUGUAGACAACAGGAUAGAAAUGCCCAACAUUUUCCAAGACAUAGGCCGAUUUGUUGUUUGUCAAGAAAACAAUGAGGCAGGCAAGCGUAGCAGAUUGUGGGAUCCUAGUGAUAUUGUUAAUGUGCUGACAAACAAUUCAGGAACAGAAGCUAUUGAAGGCAUAUUUCUUGAUGCUUCUGGCUUGACAUUUGAGUUGAAUCCUAAUGUAUUUGAGAAGAUGUAUAGACUUAGAUUUCUCAAGCUCCACUGUCCAACUUCUGAAAACCAUUGUAAGGUUUGUCUACCUCAAGGCCUCCACUCUUUGCCUGAUGAGCUACGACUACUUCAUUGGGAAAGAUAUCCUUUGGGAUCCUUACCUCGGAACUUCAAUCCUAAAAAUCUUGUAGAACUGAACAUGCCCUAUAGCAACUUGACAAAACUAUGGAAAGGAACUAAGAAUCUUGAGAAGUUAAAGAGGAUAAUUCUGAGUCACUCACGCCAGUUGACUAAAUUCCCAAGGCUUUCAAAGGCGAUGAGCCUCGAGCAUAUUGAUCUGGAAGGAUGUACGAGUCUGGUUAAAAUUAACUCAUCUAUUCUUCAUCAUCACAAGCUUACUUUCUUGAGUCUGAAAGACUGUUCUCAUUUGCGAAUUAUGCCUACCAUGGCUCAUUUAGAAUCUCUUGAAGUUCUUAAUCUAUCUGGCUGCUCAGAGCUCGAGAACCUUCAGGAUUUUUCACCAAACCUGAAAGAGCUAUAUCUAGCUGGGACAGCCAUUACAGAAAUUCCGUCGUCAAUUAAGGAUCUCACUAGACUUGUUACAUUAGAUCUGGAGGAUUGUAAAAGACUUCAGCACCUGCCACCAGGGAUAAGUAACUUCAAAGCCAUGAUGACGCUUAAGCUGUCUGGCUGUUCAUAUCUGAAGAGCCUUCCAAGUCUUGAUGCAGCUGCUGCAACAAGUGAUACUACUCUUAGCGUAAAACUUCUUUCUUCGUCCAUGGAUCAAGGGGAGAUUCCCAGCGUGGAGCAUAUGGCACCACCAUAUAAGAGAUGUCGAUUGAAGGUUGUUAUUGAAACUGUUAUCCUGAGCUUAAGAAAAAGGAAACGAGAAAAGAGUGUCUUUACAGUCCAAAACCGUGCUAAGGUUCAUCUUGGUUCAGUUUCUUCUCGCUUGGAACUUGAUCAAAAUUACAGAAAUCUAGAGCAUAAUGAAGGAAAAGAGUUAGGCGCUCCGAGCUCAACUCUAAGCGACUCACUGACCUCUAUUCGUAAACCUUCUCAGGCAGCAGCUCAGUUUCAUCAGGUUUCCAAGGCUCGAUCUUUGGAGAAGAAGCGAACAUACGAGUUUGGAGAUAAGGAGUUUGGAGUGUCCGUGGUUUCUCCUAAAACACGCAAACCAAGACGGUCUUACAGUGACGGUUCCAUAAAACCAAGUCAGUCCUGUAAUGAUGAUUUUAUUCAUGAUGCUGCUGCUAUCCGAAUUCAGACGGACUUCCGCGGCUACAAGUGUAGAAAACAACAUUUGAUCACUAAACAGGGAAUACUUUUAAUACAGGCUCGUUGGAGAGGCUAUCAGGUUAGAAAAAUCUACCGGAAUUUAAAAGGGAGGAUAUUCGACUGA